ACACAAUCCCACACACAUACCCACACACAUUCCCACACACAUACCCACACACAUUCCCACACACAACCCACACACAUACCCACACACAUACCCACACACAUUCCCACACACAAUCUCACACACAUACCCACAUACCGUACCCACACACAAUCCCACACACAUACCCACACACUUACCCACACACAUACCCACACACAUUCCCACACACAAUCCCACACACUUCAUGACCCCAAGUACCUGUGA